UCGCGCAUGCAGGAGCGAAGGUGCGCCGCAUAUGAGGCAGUUGAGCUCAGGGCGCAACAUCACACGCGCGCACACACACGCAAACACACGCGCGCGUGCAAGAAAACACGCUGCAGCUUUUUUACUUUGACGCCCGCUGCAAUUGUUUUUUUGUUUUUGUUUUGUUUUUUGUGUGCGUGUGAUUUUUUCCCCUCUUUCCCCCACCGCCCGUUUCGACAAUCUUUCGGACCGCGAAAGUUGAUGGAUUUUCUCGGAGGAUUUCUUCUUCUUCUCGCUCGCCGCGGAUGAGUUGGGCUCGCUGUGCAGGAAUGGCACGAUAAAAGUCAGCACCAACUCCUUUCCCCCUCUUCUUCUUCUUCUUCUUCUUCUUCUCCUCCUCCUCCUCCGACUCGUCAUGUAUUCUCCAAUUUGUCUCACUCAGGAUGAGUUCCAUCCCUUCAUCGAGGCCCUCCUCCCGCACGUCCGCGCCAUCGCCUACACGUGGUUCAACCUCCAGGCGCGGAAGCGCAAGUACUUCAAGAAGCACGAGAAGCGGAUGUCCAAGGACGAGGAGCGCGCCGUCAAAGACGAGCUCCUGAGCGAGAAGGCCGAGGUCAAGCAGAAGUGGGCCUCGCGGCUCCUGGCCAAGCUGCGCAAGGACAUCCGGCAGGAGUACCGGGAGGACUUUGUCCUGAGCGUGACGGGCAAGAAGCACCCGUGCUGCGUGCUGUCCAACCCGGACCAGAAGGGCAAGAUCCGCCGCAUCGACUGCUUGCGGCAGGCCGACAAAGUGUGGCGCCUGGACCUGGUCAUGGUCAUCCUCUUCAAAGGCAUCCCUCUGGAAAGUACGGACGGCGAGCGCCUGGUCAAGUCGCCGCACUGCACCAACCCCGCACUUUGCGUCCAGCCGCACCACAUCACCGUCUCGGUCAAGGAGCUGGACUUGUUCCUGGCCUACUACGUCCAGGACCAAGACUCCCACCAGUCAGGAAGUCCAAGUAACAAUGAGCCAGGCAAGAACCCUCUUCCAGUCUAUUUGGAAGACAGCUUCAUCAAAUCGGGAGUGUUCAGCGUCGCGGAACUGGUGCGAGUAUCCAGAAUGCCCAUUACCCACGGCGCGCCGGUGAACUUCUCCAUGGCGGACAUGCCCGGCCAGCCCUACUAUCACGACCUGAACUCUAGCGUGGGGAUGCAUCGCUCCCUGUCCUCCCCGCCCGGCAGCAAAAGGCCCAAAACCGUCAACAUGGAGGAGAACAUGGACACCAGCCCGACCGGUCCCGACUUCUACUCGUCGCCGAGCUCGCCGGCCAGCAGUCGGGCAAACUGGCACGACCGAGAUGGAGCAGACAUGUCCUCGCCGAGCAUGAAGAAGCCAGAGAAGCCGAUGUUCAGCCCCACCUCCCCGCAGGAGUCCUCGCCACGAAUCAGCACUUUUCCUCAGCCUCAUCACCCGGGCUUGGCGGGCGUAGGACACAGCGUUAUAUCGACGAGGAGUCCGCCGCCGCACUCGCCGCUGCAGUUCUCUGCCUCGGCCAUCCUGCCCCCCGCGCCGUCGUCCUACUUCCCGCACACCACCAUCCGCUACCCGCCCCACCUCAACCCGGCCGACCCCCUCAAGAGCUACGUGCCGUCGUACGACCCGUCCAGCCCGCAGAGCAGCCAGCCCAACAGCAGCGGCCAGGUAGUGGGCAAAGUCCCGGGCCACUUCACACCCGUCCUGGCUCCCUCCCCGCACCACGGCGCCGUGCGACCGGUCUCGCUGUCCAUGCCCGACACCAAGCCCAUCACCACGUCAACGGAAGGCUACUCGGCUCCCGGCACCCCGACGGCGAACCGCUUCGUUGGCCUGAGCCCCAGAGAUCCCGCCUUCCUCCACCAGCAACAGCUGAAGAAGUGUGACUGGAGCGUGACUCAAAACGGCAGGCAUUAUGGCCCCAGUGCCGUCGACGACACUUUGGGGAUUGCUUGGCAAAGUCCUGGUACCUGGGCGAGCUUAGUUCCAUUCCAAGUGUCGAACGGGACGCCGAUUCUGCCAACAAAUGUCCACCAGAACUACAGCAUAAGCAUCAUUGGUGAGCCGCUGGUCCCCGCUGAGACUGGGAACUGAGCCCAGAGGGCGGAUGAGUGUUUCUGAGAAGGUGCGCUUGGGGGGGUGGGGGGGGGGGGGGGGCGGGGGCGCAGAAACCAGCAAAUGCAGCAGCAGCUGUACAAUCUCAACACUCUUCCCAAACUGUCCCAACCCCCUCGCCUGCUUUUCCCUGGGUUGUGAUGGACGCUGGAGUAAGGAAGGAAGCUUCAGGUGUGCCCUCCCACCCCUCCUCCUCCCCCUUUACACACACAUAACUACCCACCCACCCAACACACACACACACACACACACACAUACAGUAUACAUACCAGCCAGUUGUUGUUUGCAGGACUUUCCAAUGCAUUCAAAUACUGUGAUGUAUAGAUGCCUUAAUGUUCUACUGCAUGACACUCAAAUCUGUGCUUCUGAUGCUAAUCGCGGGGGGGGGGGGGGGGGGGGGGGUCAAACAAAGUCACUGUGUACACCGUCGAAAAACAUUCAGCGUUCUUCUUCGUCGACUGUGAUGCCGGGAGAAACAAAAUGUUUAUUGUUUUUCGUUUUGUUUUUGGGAUACUUCCAACAAUUAAGAGAGUUAACUUGAGAUUGGAGCCCUCACUAAAAGAUUUGUGACCCCUUUAAAAAAGGUUUUGGUUAAAGAAGAGCAAUUUCCAUGGAGGCAAGUGCAAUUGAAUUAUUUUGAAGGGAAGCUAUCAGUCUGUCAGCCCUCAGACUCUAAAGGAAAGGGGGAUAAACAUGGAAUGGUUUUAUGGGUAAAUGUUUUUUUUUUUUUUUUUUUUUUUAUAAAUACAAUUUGAUUUCAGUCCCAAUCCCAGCAGCAACACCAGCACUUGUUUUUGUUGAGUGCCCUUCCUCAAUUGUACAGGGACAUAUUGUUUAUUCUUUUCUUAUUUAUUUCUUGGAAAAGGUGGGAAAAUAACCCCUUAAAGAAAUGAACACAUGGUGUGUGCAAAAAAAGAAAAAAAAAAGAAAAUAAAAGGCAUUUCUCUUUUUUUUUUUUUUUAAAUAUAAAUAAGAUCAAGAGCAUUUUGGCCGUUGGCUUUGAAAGCGUAUGUUUACAAGAGGAAGAAACAAGUGUUAAUUGAUGGAAAUGUACAGUGAAAUUGUCAAUCAGUCAGGCGGUGGCAAAAAAAAAAACAAAAAAAAAUUCAAACUGACAGCCAUCAGUCCCUGCAGUCUCUCCACUUCAUUUGCACGACGAUACAUGACGUCCACAUGACGUGCCUUUCUGCAUAUCUUCGCACGCACGCACGCACGCACACACGCACACACACACACACACACACACACACACACAGACACACCCCACAUUCAUUUUGAUCUUUUUAAUCAUUGUAGAAACAUGCAGAGUUAACAUUUUUAAGGUUUUUGUACUCUGAAAAUGAACUGUUUAACUUCACAUACUAUUUUCUGUGUCACUGUUCCAUCGCGUAUCCGGGCUGUGUAUAGUCAAGUUUGUAAUCGGUUUGUUUGUUUAUUCUCCCUCCAGUAUUUUUCCCCGCGGCUUUUCUAAUAACCUAUCAUCUUUUCCCUCCCUUUCCGCACUCAUCCUUGAAUUCAGAAUUAUAAAAAUUAUGCAAUACCGAGUUUUGCCUAUAUAGGUAGUGCUUAUAGACGGCGUCAAAUAUUAGAGGCUAGUUUGGAGAUAGACACUAUUGUAAUGCAUUUAUUUUGUUGAUGUUGUUGUUGUUGAUGUUGUUGUUGU